GUUUCUUUAUUUUUUAAAUUUUAUUUUUCCACUUGACUCUGUCGGGGCCGUUUUCCCGAAGUGGCGAUACCCGGAAAGCUGCUCCGAAGGUUCUUCGCGGCGGGACCGCCUCGGCUGUGCUCCCCCGCCCCCGCCGUGUCGGGGCCGGGGGCUGCGGGCACCGCCUGGGCAGGGACCGGCCGCGGGUCUGCGGGGGCAAGUGCUGGGUGUGCCAGGAAGGCAUGAGGUGUGGUCCUGGACAACAGCUACCAAGGAAUCCUUGUGUUUCAUGUGGCAAAAAGUGAAAGUGCAGCUAAUGCUAAGCAUGUCUUUCCUUGCUGCUGUUUUUUGGUAUUGUAGAAGGCUAUACAGCUUUUUAGCACAGCUACUGAAAUGGUGGAGCAACUACCUUCAGAGAAAACUCAUAAGGAAUCUCAGUGUGCUGACAGAAGUUGAUCUACUUGGUUAUAGUGCGAGAGAAUGGAAAGGAGAAACAAAGCAGGCCAAACACAUGAGGGAGGCUUAUGAAGAAUUGGUUUGGAGCUGUCAUAUCAAAUACCUGAGACAAGUCAGGAGAGACAACUAUAGUGCAGUAAGAGCGGUACUUUUUCAGAUAUUCAGCCAAGGCAUUCCUUUUCCUUCAUGGAUGAAGGAAAGAGAUAUAUUGAAGCUUCCUGAAAAGCUUUUGUAUUCUCAAGGUUGUAACUGGAUUCAGCAAUACAGUUUUGGGCCAGAAAGAUACACAGGUCCCAAUGCCUUUGGGAAAUUGCGCAAAUGUAUGGAGGCAUUAAAGACAAAUUGGGCUGAAAUAAGUGCUACUAAAGAUCAUGAAAAAAGAGGAAACAUGUGUAAUACACUCUUUUCUGAUGAAAGCAAGGAACACAAACUGUAUGAGGCCAUAAAGUUCAUCAUGCUCUAUGAAGUUGUUGAAGCCUAUGAGCAGAUAAAGAACAGGGAAGAGCCUGUACAUAACCUUUUUAGCCUUCUUUUUGCUCGUGAUACUUCAUCUGACCCUCUGAGUUUCAUGAUGAAUCAUCUGAACUCCAUAGGUGACUCUAUUUGCCUAGACCAGGUUGAACUGUUUCUUCUUGGAUAUGUACUUGAAGUAAAGAUAAGAGUUUACAGACUGCAUAGGUUUAAUACUGAGGAAUUUCAAGUAAACUAUCCAGAUGAAUACCGAAGGGAAUGGAAUGAGAUUUCUCUCCUGACUGAGGAUGACCACUACUAUCACAUCCCCCUGUUCAGAACGUGAAGGACCAGUGACUUGUUUUUCCUUUGUAAAAUAUAGUGAGUGACCAGUU